AGUGACUACUUUUCCUCCAUCAUUGACUCAGUGUGUUGUUUUGCAGAGCUCAGGAAAACCCUGGAACAGGACUUGGAGAACCUGGACAAAACACUAAAGGAAACGGAGGCCACUCUCACUGAGAAAAUCCAGGACCUCACGUUGGAGAACGAGGCGCUGAGCGAGAAGCUGCGAGCGGAGGAGGAGAGGAGGAGGAUUCUGGCAGAGAAGAACCAGAAGGACUCCCAUGUGUUGUAUCUGGGACAGGAGCUGGACAGUCUUAAGGUGGUUCUGGAAAUCAAGACCAAGCAGCUUCACCAACAGGACAAGAAGCUCAUGCAGAUGGACAAGCUGAUGGAGAGCAACGUGAAGCUGGAGGAGCGUCUGAACAAAGUCCAGCAGGAGAACGAAGACUACAGGGCCCGCAUGGACAAACACACCGCACUCUCCAAGCAGUUGUCCAGUGAGCAGGCCAUGCUGCAGCAGACCCUGCAGAAGGAGUCCAAGGUCAACAAGCGUCUCUCCAUGGAGAAUGAGGAGCUGCUGUGGAAGCUGCACAAUGGAGACCUGGCCAGCCCCCGCCGCCUCUCGCCCUCCUCGCCCUUCCACUCGCCCGGCAACUCGGCCUCCUUCCCCACCGCCGCAGCCCCACUCUCGCCCACCAGAUAACCCAAACUGGACACCAAGGGGAAAGAGAGAGUGUGGGGGGAGAGAAAGUGUUUGUGUGGAUAUCCCCUCCCAACACACCCUAAAGACAACCCCCCCUCUACAGUCCCUUACCUCCUACCCCCCAGAUCACCAACCCCAGCCUCUCAAGGAGACAAAGCUAUUCCAAAUACGGAUGGACUACUUCACAUGAUGACGCUGCAGUUUUGGGUUCUGCCCACAAUGACUUGUACAGAUGUUUUCUUUGCUCCCAGAAAGAGAAGACAAUGUUGCACAGAUGCACUUACUUAAAGCGUAGGACAAUUCUGCCUUUUUUUCUGCCUGAUUUCUCUCACUUUUUUCCCCUCAGCAGAGAGAAAGAACAGGCAACUUAAACCUCAGGGUUUGUACAUAGCUUCUCAGCUCGUUUUGAUUCUCCUUUUAUUUGUGCAUCGUGUUCCCCGCUCCCCUAAUAAAGUUUGUGCUAAAAACCUUGGAUGUAGUUUUGAAAAUGGUGUAGGCCAGAGACGGAAGUGGAAGUGAGACAUCACAUUCCCUUUUUUCUGGUUCAUAAACGGCCUGAGUGGGGCAUCUUCAUUUUUCCGCCAUCUUUGGUAUAGAGUGUUUUUGAGGACUUUUAGGGUGACUUAUUGAAGAGCAGAGCUUUAUCCAACGAGCACUUGCUUUUGACCCCUUGUAUAAACAGUCCAUAUCUGGGCGCGGAUAUUCAGAGUUAAAGUGAACUUUAAUCCCAACCCUUCAUCUCUCUACCUUAAUAAAACUGUGGAAUGUAUUUA